AUGCUGCAGGCUCGCGUGCCGUUUGGCGGCCUUCAACGGUCCUGCAAGUGCCUCACAACGCUCGCAUACCGGCCAUUUUCCAGCACUCCCCUCAGGAGACAAGAGACAGCCACUGACCCAGCUGAUCAUGAGGAUGACCUUUCCAUGGCUCCGCCUCCAGUCCGUGAUAAGAAAGCCAUCCAGUUACGAUCAUACACACCACGUACACCCGGCCUCAGACACUUGCGGAGACCUAUAAACGACCAUCUAUGGAAAGGCAGACCAGUCCACGAGCUUACGUUCCCCAAGAAAGGUCAUGGGAAAGGUGGAAGAAAUUAUACCGGACGAGUUACCGUCCGUCAUCGAGGAGGUGGCCACAAGCGAAGAAUACGCAUUGUUGAUUUUGAGCGGAACGAGCCUGGUCCCCAUGUUGUCCAGAGAAUUGAGCAUGACCCCGGCCGGACAGCGCAUAUUGCCUUGCUGAAGUCUAAGCUUACAAAGAAAUUGAGCUACGUUCUUGCGGCAGAGGGAAUGAGGGAAGGUGAUAUCGUGCAGAGUUAUCGUGCCGGUAUCCCGGAUGACCUGUGGGAGGCUAUGGGCGGUGGUAUUGACCCUGGUGUGCUGGCGGCCAAGACCGCUCGACGAGGGAACUGUCUGCCUCUACAUAUGGUUCCUAUCGGUUCAAUGAUUUUCAACAUUGGUCUACACAAGGGGAAAGGUGGUCAGCUCUGCCGUGGUGCUGGGACAUACGGUAUCCUGAUGACCAAAGCUGGUGAAGCACCUCCUCCAUGGGAAGAAGUUAAGCCCAAGGAAGAAGACGCAGCCGCUGAGUCAAAGGACAGCAAAGGGACCGAAGCCGAAGAAGCCUCAAGCGAAGCGGCCAAGGACGCUAAGCUAGAUGCUGAAGUUGAAGCCGAGAUCAAGAGUGACGCUGAUGCUGCCGGUGAGAAAACCGUCAUGUCUGAGCUGGAAUGGAAGAGGCUCAAGAAGCUGUCCGAGCACGUUGCCGUCCGUCUGCAGAGUGGUGAAGUCCGUCUGAUCCAUAAGGACUGCUGUGCCACCAUCGGAGUUGCCAGCAAUGUCAACAAGAAGUACGCUCAGCUCGGUAAGGCCGGCCGAAAGCGCUGGCUCAACAUCCGACCCACCGUUCGUGGUGUGGCCAUGAACGCAAAGGACCAUCCCCACGGUGGUGGUAGAGGAAAGUCCAAGGGUGGUGUCCAUCCCAAGAGUCCAUGGGGUUUACCGGCCAAAUCCGGAUACAAGACAAGAAUCAAGGCGAACAUCAACAGAGAUGUCAUUACCCCGAGAGUCCGCAACCAAGGAAAACGCCGCAGAGGAUACAAUUAG